ACUAGAAGCGCAGCUAGGCAGAGAUUUGCGGGGAGGGGUCUUGUCUGAAUCCCGCGCCCCACACCACCCAGCAGCGCACCUUCUCUUUCUCGGGGAGCUAUGCAAGGGUCCCCAUCCCUCUCCCCAUGUGCGUUCCAGAGUUGCUGGAUCAAGUUGGCCCCAGUUUCCCCCACAUCCUGCCUGUUUCCUACAAUCACUCUGGAAGCAUCUCCCCUGCCCAGACACUCCCUCCCCGGAUCCCCUCAACCAGCCCGGCGAGAGUCACGCACAAUGGGGUUCGGGCCCCCACACAGCUGCGCAGCCCGGGCACCACCGACCCCAGUCCGGGCUUUUGUCCCUACAGCCGGUAAAGCAGCAAAGAAACUGCCCCCCGGAGCCCACUCACCGUCUCAUCUUCCCUCCGAGCCGCCGCUCCCCGCUGGCGCCGCCGCCCCAGCGCCCGGCCCCCGCCCCCGCCCAGCCUUUCUCCUCCCGGCGCCCGCCGGCCACUCCAGGCUCGCGGUGCGCAGUCAGCGCGCCCCUCCUCGGCCCGUGCAGCUACCGCCUCCUCUCCGCCCCCAACCCUCCGCCGCGCAACCGGCGGCGACCAACUCGGCCGCGGGGGAGGCAGCGUCCCUGGGGCGCCCUCCUGGCGCACGGAGUGGGCGCCACCCUCUCCUCCUGGGCGACCGCCGCCGCCUCCUCACCUGGCCAUGGUGCGGCCCGCGUUCGGCGGCGAGAGAAGGCAGGCGCGCUCCUGCGCCGCGCCACACCGUCGGGCCCCCCUCGGGCUGCAGUGGUGGGCUCCGCGCGGCUGGGUCCCGCACCCCGAACCGCUUUGAAACCACCGCGGAGGACACGCAGGGAGUUAGAGCAACGGAGGUGGCGACCUACCCCGCUCCCAGGCGGGUUGCUGUUGCAGCUUUCAGGGCUGCUGGAAGGGCCUGGCUGUUUGCCCCAUCACUGGGCACCGCUUCUCAAAGCUACGUUCACAGCCGCGCAGCAGGGACUUCAGUGCCAGGCUUUUUUUUUAUGAGCCGAAAGAAGGGCGGGAGGGUUUACGUCCUCGGGUGAUGAUUUCCUCCCGGGACAGCAGAGCAUCUACUGGGAAACUCCAGGUGACCGCACCUCCUUCUGACGGUUCGCCCCGGGCAAGUUUACCAGAUGCGUCAGAAAGAAGGUUUCCAGAACCCUUGGAGAACGGCUUCGGCUGAGGACUGGGGUCGGAGGCGUUUUAAACUCGUUUAUUCUGAUUUCCUUGCAAUCAUACUCUUGAAAGUUUUGAUAUUUUUCCACAUAUUUUUCUGAGUUGCUAUAACCAACGAAAACCAUGCUGAUAAAGACCCCCAGCCAAUGCUUUAUUGGAAGUCAACGAAUGAGACCGAGGGUGGCUCAUAAUCCAUCUCGGCAGGCGGGAAUGUGAACCUCUUCCAAGGUCUGGGUGAGUCUCUAGAGUUACAGAGAUAAAGGACAUUGGCCCUUGAGGAUCUCACACCAGCAAAGAAGAGCACCACGAAGUGGAAACUACUUAUAAUCGUUGUGGCUUCGGGCAAGUUGUUGUAGCUCCCAGCAACAAUUUCUUCACCUAGAGUGCAGCAAUAAAUGAUACUGAUGCUUCAUGGCAGUUAUAAGCUUCUGAAUAAUAUAUGCAAAGUACCUGGCAUCAUGAGCAGAACUCAGUAGUCACUGAAGAAAUUGCUUAGUUAAUGCACUUUUCAUAUGUGCAAGUAAAAGUUUGACUUCUAAUUUUAGGGAGGGAGAGUCUCACCUACGAACGCCCUUUUUAAAAAAAAAAAUUUUUUUUUCAUUAUACUUUAAGUUGUGGGAUACAUGUGCAGAACAUGCAGGUUAGUUACACAGGUAUACAUGUGCCAUGGUGGUUUGCUGCACCCAUCAACCUGUCAUCUAGGUUUUAAGCCCCACAUGCAUUAGGUAUUUGUCCUAAUGCUCUCUCUUCCUUUGCCCCCCAUUCCCUGACGGGCCCCUGUGUAUGAUGUUCCUCUCCCUGUGUCCAUGUGUUCUCAUUGUUCAGCUCCCACUUAUGAGAGAGAACAUGCGGAGUUUGGUUUUCUGUUCCUGUUUAGUUUGCUGAGAAUGAUGGUUUCCAGCUUCAUCCAUGUCCCUGCAAAAGACAUGAACUCACUCCUUUUUAUGGCUGCAUAGUAUUCCACAGUGUAUUUGUAACACAUUUUCUUUAUCCUGUCAAUCAUUGAUGGGCAUUUGGGUUGGUUCCAAGUCUUCGCUCUUGUAAAUAGUGCUGCAAUAAACAUUCAUGUGCAUGUGU